AUGACUCGUAUGGGGACUAUAAUUAGAUUGCAUAUCCACUCUCCAACUACAAAGAACGAGAUGGGGAAUCCAACUUUUCCAUUACUCUCCAUACUUUCAAUYCUCCUGCUCUAUUUCUCAGUUUCAUGGGCAGCCUCAGAUUCAAUCCAUGAAAGCUUUCUCCAUUGUCUUUCUCUUCAAUCUGAUCCUUCCCUUCCAAUCUCCACUGUAGUCUACACACCCAACAGUUCUUCAUAUUCAUCCAUAUUUGAAUCUAACAUAGGAAACAUCAGAUUCUUGUCAGCCAAUUCCCUCAAGCCUCAGUUCAUCAUUACACCUCUGACUGAAUCCCACGUCCAAGCAGCUGUUAUUUGCUCUAGAAUACAUGACCUGCAGAUCAGAUCCCGAAGUGGGGGCCAUGAUUACGAGGGCCUCUCCUAUGUAUCUGAAAUCCCAUUUGUCAUUGUUGACAUGGCCAACCUUCGAUCAAUACAUGUCGACAUAGAGGAUAACAGUGCAUGGGUUCAGGCUGAUGCAACCAUUGGUGAAGUAUAUUACAAAAUUGCAGAGAAGAGUAGGAUCCAUGGCUUCCCAUCUGGGUUUUGCCCAAGUGUCGCCGCUGCUGGACACUUCAGUGGAGGUGGAUACGGUACCCUGAUGAGAAAGUUUGGCCUCUCUGCAGACAAUAUUGUAGAUGCUUACUUGGUUGAUGUCCGUGGCAGAAUACUCAACAGAGAAUCCAUGGGAGAAGAUCUGUUUUGGGCCAUUAGAGGAGGUGGAGGAGCAAGCUAUGGAAUCAUUCUUUCAUGGAAAAUCAGGCUGGUUCCUGUUCCACCAACUGUGACCGUUUUCACAGUGUCGAAAACCAUAGAAGAAGGUGCAACCGAGCUUGUCAAUCGGUGGCAAUACAUUGCAGAUAAGGUUCAUGAAGAUCUCUUCAUUAGAGUGAUCCUAAUUCUGGUGAAUUCUGGCCAAAGCGGGAGGAAAACAGGCCAAGCUCAGUUCAAUUCCUUGUUCCUUGGUGGUGUAGACAAACUUCUCCCUUUGAUGAAUGAGAGCUUCCCCGAGUUGGGUCUGAAGCGAAGCGACUGCAUAGAAAUGAGUUGGAUUGAAUCAACUGUCUACUUCUCUGGAUCCUCAAAUCUAUCUCUGGAAGUAUUGCUUGAUAGGCGUCCUCAGAGCAAACGAAUGUUCAAGGCAAAAUCUGACUAUGUUAAGGAACCCAUUCCUGAAAUUGGGAUAAUGGGUAUAUGGAAAAGGUUUCACCAAGUGGAGGAUCCUGUGAUGAUCCUCAAUCCAUAUGGUGGAAGAAUGAGUGAAAUUGCAGAGUCUGCUAUUCCUUUUCCACAUAGAAAAGGGAACAAAUAUAAAAUUCAGUACUUGGUUUAUUGGGAGGAAAAAGGGAUCGAAGCAUCCCAAAAGCAUAUUGGUUGGAUUAGAAAUCUGUACAGCUACAUGACUCCUUAUGUUUCUAAGUCCCCAAGGGAAGCAUAUCUCAAUUAUAGGGAUCUUGAUUUGGGCACCAACAAUAUUGGCAAUACGAGCUACUUGCAAGCUAGUGUUUGGGGUCAUAAGUAUUUCAAGAAUAACUUCCAAAGGCUAAUAGAUGUGAAGACCAAGGUUGAUCCAAGUAAUUUCUUUAGAAAUGAGCAGAGCAUCCCAGUCAAGGAAUAGAGUAUGGAUCCCUCUGUUCAAAUGAAGAAGAAGAAGAAUAGAUUU